AUGCUGCUCAGGGUGAAUCAACUCAGCUGGGAGUACUUCAUGGAUGCAUGGAACGUUUUUGACUAUAGCCUUGUCGUCUUCAGCUGUGCUGACUUGGUGGUCAGCAUGGCCAAGGAGAACGGCAGUGGACUCCGUUGGGCAGCGUCGAUGCGCAUCUUUCGCGCCUUCCGGAUAGCUCGUGCUCUGAAAGGGGAGAAGAUCGUCGUGGGCCUCUUCAGAAUUACGCAGGGGUUCAUCGAUGCUCUGCCUUCCGUUUUCUGGAUGUCGAUGGCUGCAUUCAUCUUCGCCUACAUGCUCGCGGUGGUGCUUACAUCUCUUGUCGGAGGGGACACGGCAGCUAGGGAGCUCUGGCUCGAUGUGGACCUCUACUGUGGAACUGUCUCCCAGUCCUUGUACACCAUUCUGCAGAUAAUGACCAUGGACAGUGUCCACGAGCCCAUCUUGAGACCAAUUCUGAGCUAUGCACCGCUCGGGCUCAUCGUUGUCUAUCUGACCAUGCUGAUCCUGAGCUUUGGAACCUUGAACAUCCUCCUAGCUAUCAUGGUGGAGAGGAUGACCAUCAUUUCACAGGACACCCAGGAAAGCAAGGUUGCCAUGAUCGCCAAGUCUGAAAAGAUGCUCAUGGUGUCCAUGCUGAAGGAGUUUGAUGAUUGCGAUGCCGACUUUAACGGCGAGCUGGACUUGAAAGAGUUCCGCAAAGUGCUGAGGACGGGUCCCAUGACAGAGAAACUCAAGUUUCUCGAAGUUGGGGCGGUGGAAGCUGAGAACCUGUUCGAGAUGAUGGAUGUGGACAAGAGCGGGGCGUUGAGCCCAAUGGAGUUCUUGAGUGGGCUGUUCAAGGUCAAGGGGCAAGCGAAAGGAGCUGACCUUUGCCGGCUCAUCACGAUUCUCGAAAAGAACAAAAAGAUGUCAAAGGCAUGGGUGGAGAGGAUGAGGCACAUGAACCAACAAGCGGAUCUGAUCCAGGCAAGACUCAAUCAAGUGGGUCGAAUACUGGCCGGUGAGCUGAAGGGAUUGACAGAGGCGGCAAAUCGUGCGGAACAUACGUGGAGCAGUGCUGCAAAGCGAAAGCUUGUGAUCCAGGAGAACGAGCUGAAGGACAAGGCGAUUUUUCCUGGCAUGAUUGAUAUUGAGAGUGAUGAUGGCACAGACUUGUUCCAGCUGUAG